GGCUCAAAUGUAUUACACGAGUCUGCCUACAAUACUCGCCUCCUCCAGUUGAUAUAUGACCCUGGAAAAAUUUGGAAACUUGUCGGCAAGCGUCAGGCUCGAUGUCUGUUUGGUGAUGAUGUCCUUGGUGUUCAGGCAUGUGUUUAUCUGCCAUUGUGAAACACAGUGACAGAGAUGAGUAAAGACUAUGCACGGAUUGAAAUGGACCUGGCUUUUGGAUCAGCCAAGCCCUACGGGUCCUCGAGAAGUAUUGUGAGGAGAAUAGCUACUAGUCUUCCUCUUAAACCCUGCCCCAGGGUUCAUUUUCAGCUUCAUCCAUACGCUGAGGACGCUGGUGUCCUGAUUGGUGCCAGGAGGCAGAACUGUCAGGUGGCCUCUCUGGCUGAUGUCGGCUGGAUUGACAGGGACGAGGAGUGGGAGGAUGAUGUAGACUUCUUUGGCAGACCUAGGUCAGGGGUGCCGCAGGGACUUGUGUUUCGAGCCCACCAGCCUCAGAGAAGACCCUUAACCCGCCGCAGGUCACUGCCCAGCCUGCACCAGGGGGCUCCAGACCCCCAGGGUCCAACAGUCGCAAGUGAUGAGGCCAUUCAGAAGAUCAGUGCGCUGGAGACAGAACUUGCUAAACUCAGAGCUCAGAUAGCACAAAUCGUACUGGCUCAGGAACAGAACACAAAGCCAGCUGCUACCACAGGGACACCUCCUCCUCCCCCUCCACCCUGCGGCACCCUGCCUCCCCCUCCCCCACCACCACCACCACCACCUCCUCCCCCACCACCACCAAGUCUCCAGCGGACAUUUUCAGCCAUUGAUUUGAUAAAAGAGCGCAGGGGGAAGAGGACAGACGGUCAGACUGUUUUGGAUCCAAAGCCAGCGGAAAUCCCCAGCAUGCUGGAUGUCCUGAAGGACAUGAACAAAGUCAAGCUGAGAUCAGUCAAAAGUCGUCCAGUGGAAGUUGACACCAAAGUAAAGUCCAGCGAGCCUGCAGAUGCUGCAGCUCUCAUCGCAGAGGCCCUGAAACGCAAGUUUGCCCACCGUUACCGACAUGACAGCGGACAAGAGGACAAGGAGGACAAGGAGGACUUCAAACUACCCAUUCCAGAUAUGAAACCUCGAACAGAAACCCCUUUGUUUGGGCAGCACAUGUUGAAACCUACUGGGAAAAGGAAGUUGCUCUGAACAGGUGAUUCUGAACUUUGGACAUUUGAAACUGCCUUAUCAACCUUUAUAAUAUCUGCUGUUUCUGAGGAAGGAGAAGGGAUUCUGCCUGAACCAGACAACAGGCUGCUCCAAGUAUCAGUCAUCUCCUAAGUGUUGCAUCCGAUGAUCAUCCUGACCAUCCGUUUUUUGCACUUUUAUAACUUAUAAUAUUAGCUUUCUGUUUUACAAAUGAAUUUUUUUGUGUGUUAACUGAAUGUCUUUGUUUUUCUGUUGAACAUUCAUCAGUCCUGAGUGAAAGUGUCAGAGGCAAACGAGUUAAAGCAACACUACAGAAUCUUUUAAUAUUAUUAGAUGUAUUGUUCAGUCUUGAUUAGGUUUUUGUUUAAUGUGUUGCACAUAGUGUAGUUGGUCAGUUUUACACAGCUGUUUCUAAGGGGUCUGUGAAAGCUGAAGAGUUCUUCUACCACAGAAGAAAGGGAGCACUUUCUUACCUGUGGUAUAUUGUGAUGUAUUGUCUAUAUACAUCAUGUAUGCUGACUUGUAGACUAAUUUAUGAUGGGGAUUUAUGUAUUUAUGUUGCGGUUAAGUAGAUAAUUUUAUUUUUAACACAGUUAAUUAUGUUCUAGAUUAAUGUUAUUUUUCUUUAUGUGUUGAGCCUGUGCCCCAGUUGCCAGUCUGGCCACAGCUUAUAUGUCUUUUGCUGGUUCAAAUAUGCAUGGCUGACAAUUUCCUUCAGGGGUUAGUUAGCUAUCUAGCUAGCUAGUUGACAUCAUAUAACUCUUACCUAUAAUGUGCUUUUAAGAGCCAAAGACAUUCCAGUGUGUAUUCUGUCUUUUACUGCCAAAUUUUUACCUUUCAUGUCCCUUUUUUAUUUCCCUUGUUUCCUAUGAUGUGUAAACAGUGAGGAAAAUAUACCACAAUUGUUAAGGAAAGUUCGUAUUUCUAGGUUAGUGAUGGUACAGAUACGUGUGUUUCUUUAUCAGUACCUCUUUUGAUAAGCAUCACCUCUUACUGCAAAACACUUCAACCUUUCCCAGAACCUAGACUCAACAUCAACACUAAAGAUAUACUGCAUCAUUGUAGUUCACUGUUUUUGUUUUUUUGUCUAUUUAAACAACAGUCAAUGGUCCUAAGGUACCCACCGUUAUCAGUGUCCCAGUAAUCACGCCAGUACUCGUCACAUUUUCAAGUCUCAGUUUGGAAAUGUGACAUAACAUACUGAGGUUUUCAAGCAGUAUUUUGUUCAAAGUGACUGACUGCACAUUGUCACCAGUUCAGACCACUAUUUAUGUCAGUGAAGUUGCUGCCUCAAGUCAACUCCCACUUGUUAUAAGGGAAAGUGAACUGGAUGUGUCAGUAAUAACUGAGUGAUUUAAAUGUAUUAUUCUAAAUUUUAUAGUAGAGUUGUCUUCCUUUGAAAAUUGUUGAGUUGUCAAAUCUCUGAAUAAAAGUUUAUGGUCUGUCCUGA